AUGUACUCCUCCAACCGCUCGCAGGAGCCCCCUAACAACGGGACCCCAGGGCCUUUCGACGGCCCCCAGUGGCCCCACCAGGCCCCGCGGGGCAUGUACCUGUCGGUGGCCGUGCUGAUGGGCAUCAUUGUGGUCUCCGCCUCAGUUGUGAACGGCCUGGUCAUCGUGGUUUCCAUCAGGUACAAGAAGCUCCGAUCGCCCCUGAACUACAUCCUGGUGAACCUGGCCGUGGCCGACCUGCUGGUGACGCUCUGCGGCAGCUCCGUCAGCUUCUCCAACAACAUCAACGGCUUCUUCGUGUUCGGCAAACGGAUGUGCGAGCUGGAGGGCUUCAUGGUCUCCCUGACAGGCAUCGUGGGGCUGUGGUCCCUGGCCAUCUUGGCCUUUGAGCGGUACGUUGUGGUCUGCAGACCCCUGGGAGACUUUCGGUUCCAGCACCGGCACGCCGUCAGCGGCUGCGCCUUCACGUGGAGCUGGUCACUGCUCUGGACGACCCCACCGCUUCUGGGCUGGAGCAGCUACGUGCCCGAAGGUCUGAGAACCUCUUGUGGGCCCAACUGGUACACCGGUGGCAGCAACAACAACAGCUACAUCUUGGCCUUGUUCGUCACCUGCUUCGUGAUGCCCCUCAGCCUGAUUCUCUUCUCCUACACCAACCUGCUGAUGACCCUGCGAGCGACGACGCAGCAGGCGGAGCGGGCGGUGACGCGCAUGGUGAUCACGAUGGUGACGGCCUUUCUCAUCUGCUGGCUGCCCUACACCACGUUUGCCCUGGUGGUGGCCACCAACAAAGACAUCACCAUCCAGCCGGCUCUCGCAUCCCUGCCCUCCUACUUCUCCAAGACGGCCACGAUUUACAAUCCAAUCAUCUAUGUCUUCAUGAACAAACAGUUUCAGAGCUGCCUGCUGAAAAUGGUGUGCUGCGGCUACCACCCCUGGGGGACGAGAAAAACCGCUCCGGCCGCAGCCGGCCCCCGCGCAGGCGUCGCUGCAGAUGGGCUGUGGAAGAAGGUGACACCGUCUCACCCCGUCUAA